AACUAUCGAUAUCGAUAACGCCGGUUGCGUGUCAGCACUAUUCGCACUGAAACAACAAAACACGCGCAAAAAAAAAAUAAGGGAAACUACUUUGUUUACCAGGUUAUUAAGCAUCCUCAUCUAUCCGAGAAUCCACGAGUCCGGCAGAGAUGGACAUCCUUUUGGCCAACGUGAGUGGGCUGCAGUUCAAGGCGGAGCGGGAUCUCAUCGAGCAGGUGGGCGCCAUUCCGCUGCCUUUUUACGGCAUGGACAAGUCCAUUGCGGCGGUCUGCAACUUCAUCACCAGAAACGGCCAGGAGUGCGACAAGGGAAGUGCCUGCCCCUUCCGACACAUUCGCGGGGACAGGACGAUCGUGUGCAAGCAUUGGCUGAGAGGACUGUGCAAAAAGGGGGACCAGUGCGAGUUUCUGCACGAGUACGACAUGACCAAGAUGCCCGAGUGCUACUUCUACUCGAGGUUCAACGCCUGCCACAACAAAGAGUGCCCCUUUCUGCACAUCGACCCCCAGAGCAAGGUUAAGGACUGCCCCUGGUACAAAAGAGGCUUCUGCCGCCACGGUCCCCACUGUCGGCACCAGCAUCUGCGGCGUGUCCUGUGCAUGGACUAUCUGGCGGGCUUCUGCCCCGAGGGCCCGUCCUGCAAGCACAUGCAUCCCCACUUCGAGCUGCCCCCACUGGCGGAACUGGGUAAGGAUCAGCUGCACAAGAAACUGCCCACGUGCCACUAUUGCGGCGAAGUGGGCCACAAGGCCAACUCGUGCAAGCAGUAUGUGGGCAGCCUGGAGCACCGCAACAAUAUCAACGCUAUGGACCACUCCGGCGGGUACUCUGGACACUCCGGUCAUUCUGAGGGCGCCGAUGACAUUCAAUCCAAUCACCACAGUCAGUCGCAUGGUUCCGGGUUCGUCAAGGUGCCCACACCUCUGGAGGAGAUCACCUGCUAUAAGUGCGGGAACAAGGGUCACUACGCGAACAAGUGUCCCAAAGGCCACCUCGCCUUUCUCUCCAACCAACAUAGUCAUAAGUAGGACGCUCUGCUCUGUAUGAUUAGACUGUAAGAGUUCAGAAAUAAAGGUCGAAAAGGGGUCUGUAAGGACCGCUGUGUAGUCCAGAGGUCGUAGGAUCCUAACUGCCGCAGGUGAACGUUUUAAUCAUUUUGUGUUUAAAGUGUAUGUUAAGAAAACUCGCUUGCAUUUUCGAAAAUGCCCCAAAAACUGCCAGUAGAACGUAUUGUGUUAUCAGCGAAAUAAACUUCCAUUAAAAUAAUAGU